AUGUCGGGAAAAUCCACUCCGGCAGAUGCGAGAGUCACUGGUAUAAUUGUAUGUCAGGAAAUUAAAUUGAGUGAUGAAUGUGUUCAGGAAGUUUUAGUGAAGAGAUUUUGGGAUAUUGUUCCCUUGGCGCUACAGACCACAGACUUAAACACACGCACACUCCAGCAGACUCCAGUCGAGUACGUAACGCACGCAGGCUCCCCAUAUCAAUAUGUGCAGGAUAUACAUUCACCGACAUCCUCACGUGUCCGACGCUCGAGUGGAAAGAUCUCAAGAAUUGUGAACACAGAUCACGCACACCGUGAUUCUGAACUAAACUUCAAUCUCACGAAGUUGUCUCCAGAAAACAUUCUCUCGCUUGACCCCGAUGUCGAUUCAAAACAAACAAACGGCGUUCGAUUUGACUGCAGCCCGACGCCCCUCCUUGUUUUUAAUGCCACAUAUUUUCCUGAAAUUUCCAAAAUGUACGACCAGAUUUACAACGAUGACAUGCUCAUCGAUACAUUCAGCACAGUGUUUGAUAUGAAAGUCACUGUACAAGACAUGAAGCAGUUAAAGCCGGACUUUGUGCAGAAAAUCUACCUUCACUUCAUUCGAGAUUUAGGAGCAGAUCUGGAGCAAAUCAAUCAGCUUCCAUUUGAUGUAAGCGAGUCUGUUCAGCAGUACCCAGAUAUGUACCGGUUAGUCAUGAGGACAAUGGCCCUAGCUAAGGUCAUCAACCGGUUUCUCAAGAUGAUGUACAAUGAUGACUCAUUCAUGUCAGCAGACCUGUUUGAUCCAAAACCAAGAAGAACAAGGAGGUUCUUCUCGCUGAUGAUGGAGUUUUACUAUGCUGCAAAUGAAAGUACAGAGCAAAUGAAUGCUAUUGAAGAGCAGGUGGAAAUUAAACGUGAAGCACGGGAAAAGCAAAAAGAAAACAUUGAGAAGAACAUUGCCAAGCUGAGGCAACUCAAAAUGGAGAAUGCAGAGAAUCAGAUUCGUGAAGAGCAGGAGUUGAAACGCAUUGCAGAAGUGAAGGAGGAUUUGCAGAAACAGCAAGACGUAAAGCUUAACCUGAAAUCUCAGCUUGAUGAAGUAAAGAUGAUCAUUGCAACCUUAGUUACAACCAUGAAAGAUGUUGAACUGGAGAUAAUUGAGGGGAAAGAGAGGAUUGAGAAACUAGCUGGCCAAGUUGUGCAGGCCAGUGAGCGGCAGGAAAUAGAAGAAAGGGAACGCAAGUUGGCCAUUUACAAGAAUAAUAAUGAGAGCAGGUCACGCCGUUUGGCUGAGUUAAAGCAGUCACUACAGACAUUCCCUUCUGUUUAUGACUUGGUGAAGGAACAACUGCUAGGAGUUAUGCAGGAGAUCCAGCAAGGAGUGGCCAAGCAAAAGGAAUGUCUAGCAGAACUGAGUCAGAAAGACCGUUCUAAAGGCUUAGUACUGGAAGAAACUGAAGACAUUGCCAUGAAAAUUCAACAGCUGAUGGAACAGUUAGCAUCCAAGCAAGAGAAGAUUUCACAGCUGCACUUGUCAUGGAAACUGAAGAAGGAGAGCCUCCAACAUGAAGUUAACCAGCGCAAGUCGACCUUAGAGGAGUUUCGGCGCAAUCAGACAGAGGAUGAGAUUGUUCUCCAGGACUUGGAGGCCGAGCAUGCAAGGAUGAGCCAUGAGACUCAGCAACUAAAGGAACAGGUUGCUGAUUUCAACCAUUUUAUUGCAUCAAAUUACCAGAAUAUUUUGCAAGCUAUGGAGAAACACAACAGUGAGUUGCAGACAGUCCUGACUGACUUGACUGAGACAAUUUACCAAGCCAAGGGAAAUAACUUACAUGAAACUCUUCCUUCUCUGCAAAUGAAUAAAUGCUAAGUUGUACUGACAAAAUGACUGAAAAAUACCACAGUACACAAAAUAAGUUUUGAAAGAUGAGAAGGCAGUUUCAGAAGUCUCAUGAAUUUCAUCUUCUGAGCUAAACCAGUCGAGGAAGUCCAUUGGGAUUUUGAAACUUGUCUCAAUCUUUUAAUCAGAUUUAUUUUGUGAAUAAUGGUCUUUUUCUCUGCUGUUCCUUCUCUGUGCUGUCUGAUACUCUAUUCAUAUUUACAUUUAAAACCAUACGUAAGCAUUUUGUAUCUGAUUUUGAGGUAAUUAGUCCCACAUUAUAUUUUUAUUUUUUCAUCCCCUAAUCCUUUAAACCCUGUGUGUAUGCACAAGAUAAACUUUCUUACUAUGUACAUAAAUAUUCUCUUUUCUUCAAUUUACUCAUAUUUACCAUAGUGACUAUGAAUGAAGGAUUCCUUUCUGUGUAUAUACUGUACUUAUGAAUAAAGAAUAGUAUAUUU